AUGUCAACUUGCCGAAGGCCCAGGUUAUCAAUCAGCAUCGAGCGGAAUCUGUGCUUGCCAGCGACGAUCCACCGCUGCACCCAAGCUCCAAGUUUUCGCGCAUGCUGUCCGCGUGCAAGGCAACUCGAGAGAAUGGCGUCAUGGCUGCUCUUGGGCCCUGCAGAUGAGGCACCUAAAUGGCUGGCGGAGGUUGCGCUGACGCCUUGGCAGGACAAGCCUACUCGCGCCGUUGCAGCCGCGGAGGAGGGACAUCUCCGUCGUUUGGUGUACCCAGUUAUGCAUAGCGAUGCACACAGGACUAUCACUGUCGCUGGCGCAGACCGGGGAAUGCAAGUGUCGCCCUUGUCAUCUGAUGGAGAUGUUGAAACUGAUGCGGUCAUCAUGCAUCUGCUAGAGUUGGCCCUGGUCGAAUUGCUCGAUAUUCAUUCGCUUGUGUCGGGAUGA